AUGGAAACUGAAUCAGAUGAAGAAGUCACAGUAAUUGUGAACUUAGAAAAUGUAGAUGAAAUUGAAGACGUUGCCGAUAUCCAGAUCCUCGAGUUGGACUCAGAAACACCCUACAUCCAAGUUGGGGGAAUGGUAUUCAAGGGAAAGUACCGGGAAAGCAUCGGUACUCACAUGCUAUUUGAAAAAGAAGAAGGAGGAAAGUAUGGGUAUGUUAUGAAGACAGAGAAGGAGCUGAACUGUAAAAAAGUUGUUGUGCUACCAAAAGAGAUGUGCCAAGACAUGGGAACUGAACCUUCAUGA